AUCCUGGAGAAGAUGCAAGCUCAGGAGAUCCUGAGGAGCCUACGUCUGCCAGAGUUGGAUGAUUUCAGCCAAUUUUUGCGUAACUUGCCAGCCACCACAUUAGUGGGGAUCGGGGCCUUUGCUGCUCUGCUGGCCUAUUGGUUUGCUAACCGACCAAAAGCUGUUAAGCCGCCAUGUGACCUCCUGAUGCAGUCUGAAGAAGCAGAGGGGUGUGAUGGAGCUCGACGAUCGGUGAUUGGAGGUAGCCCCAAGCUGCUGAACCAUUAUUAUGAUGAUGCUCGGACCAUGUACGAAGUCUUCAGGAGGGGGCUGAGCAUCUCUGGAGAUGGUCCCUGCCUUGGAUCCAGGAAGCCCAAGCAGCCAUAUCAGUGGUUGUCCUACAGAGAGGUGGCAGACAGGGCAGAGUUUCUGGGAUCAGGACUCCUCCAACAUGAAUGUAAACCAUCAACAGAGCAGUUUAUUGGCGUCUUUGCUCAGAACCGACCAGAGUGGAUCAUCUCAGAGCUGGCCUGCUACACCUAUUCCAUGGUGGUGGUUCCACUAUAUGACACAUUAGGCCCAGGCGCCAUUCGCUACAUUAUUAAUACAGCUGAUAUUGCCACAGUGAUUUGUGAUAGACCUGAAAAAGCCAUCCUUCUCUUGGAAAACGUGGAGAGAAAGGAAAUUCCUGUCCUGAAAUUCAUCAUUCUCAUUGAGCCAUUUGAAAACGAUUUGAAAGAACGAGGAAAGAAAUGUGGUGUGGAAAUUCAGUCCAUGAAGGAAGUCGAGGAUUGUGGAAGAGAGAAUCAUCACCCUCCUGUGCCUCCUCGGCCAGAAGACCUUUCAAUUGUGUGUUUCACUAGUGGUACUACAGGGAACCCAAAAGGUGCGAUGCUGACCCAUGGAAAUGUGGUUGCUGAUUUUUCAGGCUUUCUGAAAGUCACAGAGAAAGUGAUCUUUCCGAGACAGGACGAUGUGCUCAUCUCCUUCCUGCCUCUGGCUCACAUGUUUGAAAGAGUUAUACAGAGUCAGUGGUCACCCACUUGUGAGGAUGUACACAUUUCCUAUUUGCCUUUAGCACACAUGUUUGAGAGAAUGGUACAGUCAGUAGUGUACUGCCAUGGGGGAAGAGUUGGAUUCUUCCAAGGAGACAUCCGCCUUCUGUCAGAUGACAUGAAAGCUCUACAUCCCACCAUCUUCCCAGUGGUUCCUAGACUGCUAAACAGAAUGUAUGACAAGAUCUUCAGCCAAGCAAAUACUCCAUUGAAACGGUGGCUCCUAGAAUUUGCGGCAAAGCGUAAGAAGGCUGAAGUCCGAAGUGGAAUCAUUAGAAAUGAUAGCAUAUGGGAUGAGCUUUUUUUUAAUAAGAUUCAGGCUAGUCUUGGUGGGUGUGUUAGGAUGAUUGUCACCGGAGCAGCUCCUGCAUCUCCUACAGUUCUGGGUUUUCUUCGUGCAGCCUUGGGGUGUCAGGUAUAUGAAGGUUAUGGCCAAACUGAGUGUACAGCUGGGUGUACCUUCACAACUCCAGGGGACUGGACCUCAGGUCAUGUGGGUGCACCGUUACCCUGCAAUUACAUCAAACUGAUAGAUGUGGAAGAACUGAACUAUUUUGCCUCCAAAGGAGAGGGAGAGAUCUGCGUGAAAGGACCAAACGUUUUCAAGGGUUAUCUCAAAGACAAGGAGAGGACCGAUGAGGCACUAGACGAGGAUGGCUGGCUUCACACUGGAGAUAUUGGGAAGUGGUUACCUACAGGUACUCUUAAAAUUAUUGACCGGAAAAAGCACAUAUUUAAACUCGCGCAAGGAGAAUACAUUGCUCCAGAAAAGAUUGAAAACAUCUACGUUCGAAGUGAACCUGUAGCUCAGACUUACGUGCAUGGAGACAGCUUACAGGCCUUCCUGGUGGGUAUUGUUGUGCCUGAUCCUGAAGUCAUGCCUGGUUGGGCAAAGAAGAGAGGAUUUGAUGGGACGUAUGCAGAGCUCUGUCAAGAUAAGGAACUGAAGCAAGCUAUAAUGGAUGAUAUGGUCAGACUAGGAAAAGAAAGUGGACUGCAUUCCUUCGAACAGGUUAAAGCCAUUUACAUAUACUCUGAUAUGUUCUCAGUACAAAAUGGCUUGCUGACGCCAACCCUAAAGGCUAAGAGACGAGAACUAAGAGAUUACUUCAAAAAACAAAUAGAAGAGCUUUACUCAACCUCUAUGUGAAGUUGGAGGGCAGCUCUUAACAUAUUGGACGGUGUAGCAAUAUCCUAGUGAUGCUUGAAAGUGUGGUCAAAAUGAUGCAGUUGAAAGUGACUAAGCACUUGACCUUAUGACUGAACCUUUUCGUGUUCCAAGAAACCUUUAACAAUAUUUUCUCUAUCAUCACUGAGCACCAUAUAUUUUUAUUGAACUGACAUUGUAACAGGCUGCUAUAAAUAUGGCAUAUGGCAACGUAAGGACAUCAAGACAUCAUCUCCAGUAUGGUAUACCACUAAAAUUAAUAUAUGUAUAUAAAAUCUCAAUGAUCAGAGAAAUCCUAUUAAAUAUGGAGGGAAAAACAUAAUUGAAUUAUUCUAUGUAAUUAUUUGCAAGCUAGUAACAAGAUGAAGUAUGUACCUAGACAAUGUUGGUCUACCUCAUUGAACAACUGAUACUCAAAAAUCACAGUUAAGUCUGGCCUAAAAGUUUAGAUUGGCUAUGAUAAUAAAUCUUGUUGAAGGCAGAGAGCAUCUUCCAUAUUUGACAGAACUUCAGUAUCUCUCAACCUUAUCUAAUCCUUAUUGAUAUGACUAUCAACACACAUUUCAGGCCGAGGAGCAAGUCAUGACUGUUUCACACUCAGUCAUAGUCAUGAGAAAAACACAAAACCAGCCAAGGUAAACUAUACAGGGAUUACUCAGAAAGACAGAUAUUACAAAUGUAUUUCCAGGAUGAUAUCUGUAUAUUCGUGGAAUUUCAAGUGGAGGAAACUCUAGAAGAUUACAUUUUCUGACUCUCCAAAAGGCCCUGUGAGGAAGACUUGAACAAAACAACAAAACAACCUACUUCUCAGGAUAGAACACUGUUAAUGUAAAUAAGCUAGCUCCCUGCUACAAUAUUUCAGUUAUCCACUCUAUAACUGUGAAUGCUAACACUGGCAAGCCCAAUUAGAUGAACAUUUCUGUAUAGCUAUAGAAUAGGAUAGAACCUGGAUCUGGCCCAUCACAGAGAAAUCUGCAAAAAACUUACUUGCUUGAGAUAAAAAGAGAUCUUUGGUUCCUUAUUCCUAGAAUACUAUACAUGGCGGGGUGCCAUCCCCCAAAGGUGAUAUAGUUCCAUAUCCAUGUAGUUAUGGGUAAAGAGUUCAACAACCUCGUGGAAAUUUGCUACUGAAAAAAUACCGUGAUACAGCUUGGAGUAUGGAAAUGUGUUCUGAAAGCCACCCACCUCUUGACAUCUCUGAAUGGCUUUAAAAACUAAAGAAGAUUGUUUUUCUCAUAUUAUGGCUACUACAUAGGUCUUUUUUGCUGCAUUGGGAAAGAAAGUGUUCUUUGCAUGGAUAUCAUCAAUUUCAUACAACAGAAACCCAGUUAUCAUGGAAAGCAAUUAAAUUAGACAACUAUCAUUCUGCUUCUGGGAAGGUUAGAACUUCAGAAAAGAGAGGACAUCAUUUCCCUAUUAGAGAUUUUGUUGCAGGAAGCCAAAGGUGCUGAGUGAUUCAACAACCAAGCAAACAGAGAUGCUCCUUUUGGUCAGAGAAGAUCCUAACAUCUUGUAAAUAAAUAAAUGCAGUCACUUAGAAACUACAUAUAUAUGUGGGCCUGCUUGAUGAAUGCCUUCUGGAGCAACAAUCUUACAUUUGUUUUUCAGUCUCAGACUGGAAUGGGUUAAAGCUUCAAUCUAAAAAACUAAUGUAUUUAUCUUAUCUGUCACACAACUUAACAUGUCUCUCAAAUUCCAUUGCAUGCUUUUUGCAAGUUUAAUAAACUGAAGAAUGCGCUAGCUACAUGCAAAUGGCAAAUUACAUUUCUUGAUAAGAAAUACUCCAAAUGUAAAAAAGAUUGCAUCUAUAUUGCAUUGAUUUUUCUUUAUAUAGAAUUGACUAGCCAGUUCUGAAUUCAUUGUUUGACUGAUACUGAUGCAAUUUUAUAGGCAACUGACUUGUUUCUUAAUUAAACAGAAAUGAAAAAGAA